AUGACCGGCGGCAAAGAAAUCCUCCAUAAGAUGAAGGAAAAAGUUUUGGGACCAUCUGAUCCAGACUCAGGGAAAGGAAAGAGCAAGAUGUCAAAGCAUGUAACUCAUGGCUUUCACUUGGUAAAGGGAAGAUCAAAUCAUCCCAUGGAAGACUACGUGGUUGCUGAAUUCAGACAUGUUGAUGACAAUGAGUUGGGUUUAUUUGCAAUAUUUGAUGGUCACGCAGGUCACACUGUCCCUGAUUACUUGCGUUCUCAUUUGUUCGAUAAUAUCAUAAAUGAGUCUGAUUUUUGGACUGAUCCUGCGGAUAGUGUGAAGAGAGCCUAUAGCGAAACUGAUUCAACUAUUUUAGAGAAAUCAGUUGAAUUGGGCAGAGGAGGUUCAACUGCAGUUACAGCAAUACUGAUCAACUGUCAGAAGCUAGUAGUGGCUAAUAUUGGUGAUUCUCGGGCUGUCUUAAGCGAGAAUGGAGUUGCUAUACCACUGUCAGUGGAUCAUGAACCAACAACAGAAAGCGAUGCUAUUAAAAAUAGAGGUGGUUUUGUAUCUAACUUCCCAGGGGAUGUUGCACGUGUUGAUGGGCAGUUAGCAGUGUCUAGGGCAUUUGGCGACAAAAGUCUUAAGAUACACAUGACCUCAGAGCCACAUGUCACGGUGAAGAUGAUAGAUGAUGGUGGAGAGUUUGUUAUAUUAGCCAGUGAUGGGUUAUGGAAGGUCAUGUCAAAUCAAGAAGCAGUUGAUGCUAUCAAAGAUAUCAAGGAUGCUCGGUCUGCAGCAAAGCGCCUUACUGAAGAAGCGCUUAACAGGAGAAGCUCAGAUGAUAUCUCUUGCAUUGUUGUGAGGUUUCACUGA